UGCCCACAAGCCACGUUCAAAUUCAAGGAAGGCGCCACCAUGUCCGACAAUAGUGAAUCGGAGUAUCUACCUUCCGACACCGACAGAGGUCAUGAGACUUCUGAUCAUGAGCCAUCUGACCUGGACGAUACCACCAUCCGAGUCUUAUAUGAUGAUCCCGCAGACCCUCCCCCCAAUUCAGUCACUCCGUAUAUCUUGUCUGAUUUUGUUGCUGAAGGUGCAACAUUGAUGCAGGAGAGGGACUCCGAUUCCCCCCCUGAUUUAUUUACAGGUGUCAAUGAUGGAAUGAUGCGCUUGGCGCAUUGGGCGCUCACUGGGGUUCACCCAGAUACCAACACACAGGCCUCUAUUGUGAUCCCCCCCUAUAACCCCGAUGAACAGGUUUCUCUUGUGCGCGAUUUUGACUCGUUGAUCGCCCGUAGUAAACAUCUUGAAUAUGUCCAGUCUCAUAUUGAGAUUUUUCGAGUUCCGCCAGUAAGCAUGUCGUUAGCCUCCGACAUCUUUAUCAAGACCCGAAUCGCAACGGGAUAUCGCCGGAACCAUACCACAAAGUCAGUGCCUCUAUACACCAUCCCCAACAUUCCUAUUGCGAAGAUUGGUACUCGCGUCACCAUCUACCUCUUCUUCCCUCGGCUCUGGAUUAAGCCCUCAGUUGUCUCUCUGACAAAUGCUCAAGUUGAUGAAGUGUAUGCAUCCGUUAUCAAGCCUGCGGCAGUGAAGGCCAACUCUCACAUCGAUGCCGGGCUCUGGCCACCUACCCUGGAUGGGGAAAGGUUUCGUUCCAUUAGUGGUCGUCGUGCGAUAUUUCAAUCAACAAUCCAAUUGCCUGGUCACUGCGUGACGGACUUCGGAGUCUCUGUGAUGUUAGCUGCCUCCAAUCUCAGCUAUGGGGAGGAUGCUUUUUUCCUUGUCGAUGUCCGAGGCCACAAGAGCCUCAGUCGCCAUAUGCCUAGGGAUGUGCACCAGGGACUUCGCGAUGAUGAUGACCAAGAUGGCCAAGGCACUUUGGAGGAAUGGAUUGAACAUCACUCCUCCAUUGCUCUCCAGAACUUCUGCUCCCAGUUGGACAUGCUAGGACUCUACCAAAAUGCGUAUGAUGACACGGAAACUUGGAUUGAUGUUGCCAUCGAGGUCAGGGCUGAUUCUGGUGACAUGAUGACUGCUUGGCGGACAGAUAAACAUAGACUCCUUGUGGAACAUAUAGUGGGAGAGUUGGGUCUAGAUACAGAUGACCCGGAAUUGAUGGCUGCAUUGGACAGCCACAUGAAUCCAACGAAGCGCCGGUACAUUCGAGAUUGUAUAUCGGCGUUGACUGGAAUAUCUGGUUUCCGUUACAAGCCACAGGGAGAUGCAACUAGCGCUCUCUACAUCCAGGCAUACACGAAUGAGAAGUCGCUAUUUGCGAGGCCUGGCUCGGCCGAAAAGACUAUCCUAGUCCCGACUGGUGCACUUCUGGCACCGCUAACUCAAAAGGAUCCCAGCUCAUGGUACUCGGAAAUGUACAACAUAUACAAUUCUGCAUGCCAUGAUGAAGGCUAUUGCAAUUCUGCUCGCAUUGAAGCCCGAGUACCUAUCUCUGAAGCCCAUCAGGCGCUUCGAAUGCUGAAUCCCGCCACCAUGGCGCAGUGCAUUACUUGCAUUCAGCCUCGAGAUUACUGGGGCUGGAGACAACAGAGGUUGAUAUCCUGUAACCAUAUCUGGACUCGAAUGCGUCGUUCGGGCCUGCCGGUGGAAGGGGACCAUCAACUAGGACUAUUUGCCACUCUCAAGUUCAUAAUGGAUACGCUGAACAGUUCACCGAUGAUACCAUGGAUUUCUAAGAGCAUUGGCGAUUAUGCGCUUGUUCACGACGUGUUUUACGGUCUGGAGAGCCCCCGGCUGGACACAAUCUGGUAUCCAGCUCAGCCCAUUGUGGAAGACCCUCCAUCCCUUCAGCCAAUCCUGGCUCCACAUGCCAGCACUGUGGGCGCUGAGGUGGACAUCCAACAGCGCAUUGCUGUGGUACCAUACGGCGCCUUCUUCAUCCGCCCAUUCAUGGACACUCUGACACCCAUGUUCAAGGAGACCAUAUGGCGCCAGCUGGACUUGAAGGUUUUUCCCACAAUGUUCUCGAUGUCCAAGGAUGACCUACAGGUCAAACUCGCUCCAUUAAGCAACAUCCGCAAACGGCGACUCCAGCACCCUACCCCGCUUGUACGCCACCAACGACCAGCCAAGCGUAUCAACCUAUCAUCUCGCGAGACCGAGGAUAGAGGAGAGAGGCUACUCGACGCCAAUCUGAUAGCGCUCACCCAACCUGGACGGCCUGAGUUGGGCCAUGUCUCCGUCAUCCCACGGGAGAUCUGCAAAAAGGUCCUUAGUAUCUUUCGGUCUAUUCCCAUUAAUCUGCUUUUUGGGAUCCCCGUGCCUAGAUCGAAAGAAUCUCAUUUACGAAAAAGCGCCCUGGAUUGCCACCAUAGCCCAGAGGAUGCGCUCCAGAUGUUCCGAACCGCUGAGGUUUGGACUAUCUUCCAGCGAGUUAUCGUACGCCAAAAUCCAACGGCCAGUGAAUGGAUCGAGAACAUGCGCUCGAUGAUGCGGGGCAGGAGAGACAUCGUUCAUGGGGAGUCACUAAUCGAGAAGGAUGGCAGGUGGAAGCAUGUGGCGUGUGUUGAGGCCUGGGAGCUCAUCAUGAAGGACCACCGGCUAUCCAACGGGCAAGCAGAAUUACUCGAGGAGGCCCUGAUUGACACCAUGAAGAAGUUCCGCUGGUUCCCAGUUAUUGGAGGUGAUCGUCCAUGGAUGCAGAGGACUCGCAUUUCUGACCAGGAAUGCAUUUUCCCGAAGGAACUAAGGAGGGAAAUAUCGCAUGGCCACAGGAAAAUGCAGGCCGGUCUCUUCGUAAUAAUUAUGCUCAACCCUCGUUAUACAAUUUCUGACAACGACUGGAUCCGGACACAUAGAUGAGGGUCACAUUGUGUUUUGCUUUUUCCCAUUCCCAUUCUUGUCAUCAUUAGCUCCACUACAUCCCCAAGACACUAGAUCCCUUCUGGUUUUUAGAAGCCAUCUCCUUUGAACUACUGACUCGUCAGCACUAUUCAUUACAUAGUUCAAUCAACAAUCAAACAUGAUCAAGAAUAAGAAUCUCACCUCAGCUCGCGGUAGUCGAACUGAGGGAGAGGUGAACGUCU